ACUGGAUUGUAGGAAUGGGACUGAUGGAUUUGUGACUGUUCCCCGAACGCUUUUGCCAGACACAGUGACCGCGACUGUAAAUAGGACAAUGAGCCUGGAUGAAUGUCGAGCUGCCUGUUUGAAGAAUUGUUCUUGCACUGGGUUUUCUCGUGCUGACAAAAGCGGGAGUGGAAGUGGGUGCAUUAUGUGGUCCAUGGACCUAAUGGACAUUGUAUCGUAUUUGGAUGGUGGCCAAGAUUUCUAUUUACGUUUGGCUGCGGAAGACAUAGGUUUAAUAUCAAGUCAAUCUCAUAAGAGCGGAGAUGCAACCUUAGCAGUAUCGUUAAGUGUAGUCUUGGGGGUAAUAUCCAUACUUGCCAGUGUUGCUUGUUAUGCAUGGAGGAAGUUGAAACGGACUAGAGGGAAUGCUUUCGUUAAAGAAGAUGAUAUGGAGCUGCCGCUCUUUGAAUUGGUAGAAAUUGAGGCAGCAACAAACAAUUUCUCUAAUGAAAAUAAGCUUGGAGAAGGUGGCUUUGGUCCUGUCUACAAGGGAAAUAUAAGAGAGGGACAAGAAAUUGCUGUGAAGAGACUUUCCAAGACCUCAUUACAAGGUCUGGAUGAGCUGAAGACCGAGGUAGUAUUAAUGGCCAAGCUUCAACAUAGAAAUCUGGUGAGGCUUCUGGGAUGCUGCCUUGAAGGAGAUGAAAGGAUAUUAAUAUAUGAAUUCAUGCCAAACAAAAGUUUAGAUACCUUUUUGUUUGAUGAACAAAAAGUGGCAUUAUUGGAUUGGAGAGUGCGAUACCAGAUCAUUUUAGGAAUUGCACGAGGACUUCUCUAUCUUCACCAAGAUUCGAGAUUCAGAAUCAUCCAUAGGGACCUUAAAGCUGGAAACAUCCUUCUUGACAAAGAUAUGAUUCCCAAAAUAUCAGACUUUGGUUUGGCCAGACUUUUUGGAGAAGAUGAGACGGAAACAAAGACAAGGAGAGUAGUUGGGACAUAGUAAGAAAUAUCCAUCUUUGAUAG